AUUACUUUAAUUUCACAGUUUCAAGACCUGGUGAGAUGGCAGAGGGUGCUGAGGGUGCCACCAGUGGUACAGGUGGUGCCCUGCCAGACCUAGUGGCACAGUGCUACUAUCGCUAUGGCCUUCUUGUUGCCACUCACCCAAGGAAGGUUAUUCUACUUGCCAUUGCUUCUUUUCUCAUUCUCUGCACACCUCUGUGGUAUUUGCCCCUACCUGGGUAUUUGCCACAAGAGUAUGCAACGUCCCCUUACAACUAUAGUGUUCCCCUCCCAGCCCCAGAAGGUGGAAUAAGAUUGGAUCCGUCCCCAACUCCUACUCCUCUGUGGUAUCAGGGGCCCCCACGUGCUUACAUCCAGCAGAUUGUAGUCCGAAGUGGUAUUGUGCCAUGGCAAAAGGGGUUGACCGUCAGUGAUGGAUAUCGUGGUCCUCUCUCUUCUGUCUUCCAUCUUGCUCAAGUGGUUAGUGACUACCAACUCAGCAAUAACCGAAGUGUAACACUUGGGACAGAAUGCCUCCUAAUCGAGGGUGUGGUGAAGAAAAUGCAGUCUGCUGGCCAAGUCCUUCCUCAUUACAACUGCCUGAUGCUCUCACCUGCUGACCUGUGGGCAAGGAACCAGUUUUCGUUUCUGCAAGAUCCCCAUGUCCUGCUUACUGUUAAUUCCCUCAUGGCAAGUUAUGAAGGACAGACAAAUGUAGCUGACAUCCUCUUUGGAGUCCCGUCAAGAGAGAUAGGAUUCCGACGUGGCAGAAAUCCACAGCGAGUGAUAACCUAUGCUGUUACUCUGGCUCUGAAGCAAUAUAAUGAAGAGUUUGUGUCUGGUUUAGAGAAAGAAUUGACAUCUCGCUAUCCUGUCCACCAACCAAUGCAGCUUGAGAGAGAAGAGAUCAUCCAUAUAUAUUUCCCUUCAAGAAUGUCCCUGUGGGAGUUCCUCCUCAUAAUUUUCUACUGCUUUCUUUUUGUAUCAAUAUACUUCUCAAUCUUGAAAAUGGACAUGUUCAAAAGUAAAUUUGGAAUGGCGAUAAGUGUUCAGGCAACGUUGAUUGCGUCCCUGUGCAUUUCUGUAGGAUUUUGUGCAUACUUUGGCCUGCGGCCUCUUCACAGUAAAGGGAAGUAUGUGUAUCCAGUGCUUGCAGGUCUUAUUGGUUUUGAAAAUAGUAUGGUGUUAAUCAGAUCUGUGUUAUCAACGCCUUCCCACUUGGACAUUAAGAUUCGUGUUGCUCAGGGUCUAGCCCGUGAAGGAUGGACUAUUACUAAGUAUUUCCUGACUAUGAUUACUAUUGUAACAGUGUCAUUCUUCCUUUUUAUACCACUGGUUCAGGAGAUUUGUAUAUAUGGAAGUGUGGUACUCUUGUGUGACCUGUAUAUGCAAUUGGUGUUUCUCACCUCAGUGCUCUCUAUUGACCUCCACCGCUAUGAGGACUCGGAGGAACAAAAGAAACAGUCUUUAGCAAGUGGUGGACCUUUCUCAGUGAACCCACUUUUUAGAUAUCAACAACUUACUCCAAAUUCCAAUGUAAGAAUUCUAGUCAGUAGUAAUGAUCGCAAUGUGACCUCUGUGCCAAACCUACACCGCCGGAAUGCACCCCUAGGAUCUGCUGUGAAAUUGAGUGGCCAGGACCGUGUGGCUCACCCUCAGACCAAACCCAAGAACCAAGACAUGAUGCCUAGGCGGCUCAGGGUGACCUACUUUGUGGCCAAGAAACGGAUGUUUCAAAGGAUGUUUAUGUGUGUGUUUGUAGGAUGGAUAGCAUGGAUGAUCUAUAGUUCAGGCUUGAUGGAACAUUUUUCAGAAACAGUGAAUGAUGCGCAGCGGUCACGUGACUUGCCAUCUGUCAUUUUCUCACUCACAAACCGAUCCAACUAUAUGUUCCAAAAUGGUGUCUCAGUGCCGACUCCAAGAAGCAUAGACCAGACCACGUCUGCAGAUUCACCAAAUGUGGUGACACCACCCAGCAUUGCCAUCAACUCCACCACACAGAAACAGGAUGGACUUAAGCUCCUAAAGCACCGCACACGCUCCCUCCUGCGCAAACUGCCUCAUAAUCACUGGCCAACUCUCUUCAGUUACUACAACAUCAGCAUCACUGGCCAUUAUUUAAGUAUAUUGCCACCCAUACUUUUAUCUCUUCCAAUCUCACCGGAAGAAGCUAUUAGUGUCCACAAUCCUAGUGAUCCAAACACGUCACCUUGGCUUCCUGAUAAGCUUCACCAUCCAGAUUCUAUGGACAUAGAUGAUAUAGACUGGCAAGAGGGUUCUGCUUUUAUACCAUCAUCAACAGGAGAAUUACUCUUGACAGCUAUAUUGGUGAUACCAGCAGUGCUCUGCCUCCUGUAUGCCUUUGUAGCUCUUUACCAUUGUAUUUGUUCUCGUAACUAUGCUGAGUGGAGGGCAUCUUGGUGGGGUCAGGAUGGGGUAAAGAGUGAGACCUCACAGAUUAUUGGAGAUGCACUACCAUUGGUGUUGGCCGGUCAUCCUCAUGAUGUUGAGUGUAUGUGUACAGAUGGAGUUCUGCUUGUGUCAUCAUGUCUUGCAGGGAUUAUUCGUGUGUGGGAUCCCAGCACAGGCGAGUGUGUAGCCAACAUCAAUAGACGAAGUCAGAAAAGACCAGAGUUUCGUAUGGGAUCUCCAGAUUUAGGUGAUGACUUCCAUUCAGAUUAUGAAUCUGGAUCACCCAGAUCGCAGACAGGGGAUGCAAGCUUCUUCAGAAAGUACGGUAUCGAUCUAGAGAGAAGCAGAUACAGUGUAGGCUGGGUAGAUGAAGAUGAGAGAGAUGACAGUGACUGUGAGAACAUAGAGAGGCCAAACUCAUCUCGAGCCCAGCAUAAGAACAGCUCAUCGGGGAGUAUCUUCCAUGAAUUUCCUGAUCUCACACCAGCCAUUGAUCUCCACUUUCACAGUCACUUGCCAGAAACACAAAAUAAUGGCACUGAUUUCAGUAGAUUUGAGAAAUUUUAUGAGGAACACAAAAAGAUUUUACAGGAUGAGGAGGAGUACAGACAGAGACAUGGAAGGAAGACCUCUGACUGUGCAGAGAACUCCCCCUCCAGUAGUUUUUCCAAAAGCAAAAUGAUCAGGUCUCCGUCCUACACAGAAACCUCAGGAGCUUUUAAGCCAAAGAAACACUGUAGAAACUUGAGUGCUGGAAGCAUCCCUGUAGGAAACCUUUCAGGAUACAGUGCCAGUGGAGUGCGGGGAAGUGUUUCGGGAGAGGAGGGGAAUGGGGGUUCUACUGUUGGUGGAAUGGACGAGGAAGUACCCCCUAUAUGGUGCCUUGAGUGUCAGGAUGCUUUAAUAAUUGUUGGCUGUGGUUCAGGGAGAAUAGAGGUGUGGGAUCUCUAUAACAAUGUACUCAAGUGUGUUUAUGAAGAUGGAAUCAGAGCUGGUGUGACUUCCAUGCGUUUGUCGAGCAACCGUCUGAUGGUUGCCAGGCUAACUGGAGCUGUGGACAUGUUGCGGUUAGAAGCAGUUACUGCCAGCCAACAACUUUCGGAUAGUCAUCAGCACAGGCCAG